AUGCCGCAACGAUUGACAUACCGACGACGUCUGUGUUACAAUACCAAAUCCAAUAAAACCAAGGUAUCGAAAACGCCUGGUGGACGUGUAGUUUUCCUGUACAGAAAAAAGAAAGGUUCUAUAGCUCGAUGUGGUGAUACUGGAGUAAAGUUGAAGGGAGUCAAACCGGCUAGGCCACGCCAGCUGCAGAGGAUGACAAAACGGUUGAAGCGCGUGACUCGUGCUUAUGGUGGUUGCCUUUCAGCAGCAGCCGUACGAGAGCGCAUUAUUCGAGCUUUUCUAAUCGAAGAACAGAAAAUUGUUGCACGUGUGUUAAAAGCAAAAAUUAAAGCCGAAAAGAAGUAG